CGUCACAAUCGCGGCAGUUGGCCGGCUGCCGGAGAGGAGUCGCCAUUGCUGUAGUGUGAGGUUACCGGAGAGGAAGCAGCUGGGGUAGAGGCGUCCAGCCAGCUGUGUUAUCGCCACUGUCACCCUCUCCGCGGCCACACUCCGGCCUUACAGCAACGUUAUCCUUCGUCUCAUUAGGAUUGCAAAGGGCGACCAUGGCUUGCGGGGCGACGCUAAAGCGCUCAAUGGAGUUUGAGGCCUUGCUAAACCCUCAGUCUCCUAAGCGCCGUCGGUGCAUCCCACUCCCGGGGUCCCCGGCCACCCCCUCCCCCCAGAGAUGCGGGUUAAGGCAAGAGAGUCAGCCAGGCCAGCAAUCCCCACUGCCCCAGCUGGGUGGUGACCGGAGGCUUACACCGGAACAAAUCUUUCAGAACCUGAGACAGGAGUACACACGCUAUCAGAGACGAAGGCAGCUGGAAGCUUUCAACCAAAGUGAAACUGGGCAUUCAAGUGAGGUUCAGGCCAGUUCAUCUCUCACAGCCCCAUCCUCUCCAGGGUCGGCGGUGAAGAAAGACCAGCCAACUUUCAGCUUAAGACAAGUAGGAAUUUUGUGUGAACGUCUUUUGAAGGACCACGAGGACAAGAUAAGGGAAGAAUAUGAACAAAUUCUCAACACAAAACUAGAAGAACAAUAUGAAUCGUUUGUGAAAUUUACACAUGAUCAGAUUAUGCGACGGUAUGGGGCAAGGCCUGCAAGCUAUGUGUCUUGAAACUUUGCCAUCUGGGUACCAGUUUUGACUUUUACAGCUGCUCCACAUCGUUUGCCACCAGUGAGAUGGCACAUUAUUAUUAUUUUUUUUCACAUUGUGUCAUCUAGAGAGAAUUUUAAUGUCAUUGCUGGCUGCCUUCACGUCCAUUUUUUUUUUUUUUUUUUUUUUUUUUUUUUAAAUCCUCCAGUUCUCUAUAUGGACAUUUGUUAUAAUACUGCAUCACCCAUUAAAACGGACCGUAAUCUGCCAGAUUGUAUAUUUUUUUUUUUUUUUUAUGGCUAUUUCCCAUCUUCACCCCUGUCUUGUGCCCUAUAUGGCAUUAGACCAAGGACCAUGUAUUUCCAUGGAGUGAUUCAUGUUUUUUUCUUUUGUUUUUUUCUUUUUCCCCUCUGAAUAAUUUUGAGGAGUAAUUUGCCUUUGCUUGAUGCACUACAACUAAGUUGUAAGAACUUUUUAUUUUUUUGUUAGAGUGGGGGGAAUUAUUAGCCUGAAAAUGACAAAGGACAAUACAGGCUAUAAUUGUGGCAUAUUUAGUGAGUAGUGAUUAUAACCUCAUUGCUGUAUACAUAACCACACAAUCCCAACAUGAUUAUUAUGAAAUGUUUGGUUAUUAUGUUUUUGGGGAUAUUUUGUCUGCUACAGAGACAACAUUGUUUAUGGACUUUGUAGUAAAAUAUCUACUGGUAUUUUGAUGAGUGCAUUGUUUAAAGUUUUUUGUUUUGGCAUGAAAAUAUACUAUGUGGUUGUCAGACUGUACAUGAACUAAUCAUAAUCCUUCAUCAUAGGAAGGGUGUGAAAGAAGUCACACAGACUUUAUAUAAUAUUGUGCCUCUAGUGUCAUUUUAAAUUAGUUGAAAUAAAAGAAAGUGGGUUAAAUUUCUCUUAUGAGCAGUUCUGAUUGAUAAGUGAUUUAUUGCUUUAAUUAAACAGUAAGCUUGUACAAAUGGCUGUCCGUUCCAUCUGAGCCUACUAAUUAACAGACCUUGCGUGUGUCUAGAACGGUUAUAAGUGACUAUGUUUCCGUGUUUUCCACAGCACUCUACUUAUUUCCUUACUGUGUACACUAGGAUUUUCACAAUAAGACUGGGUGUUUGCUACACAGAUCUUCUUCCAGGUCUUAUGACUUAACAGUAUAGUUUACCGAAAACGCCCAUCAUACAGAAAAUUAGCAAAGUAUAUCGGUAGCUGAAGAUCUAUAGGCUUCCUGUGUCUGAAAGGGGUUUAUCUUUUAAAUGAAGUACACAAAAAAAAAAACCAAA